AUGGCGUACAGCUACGAGUUUUUGAAGGUGGAAACGGUGAGCGACUACGUGGUCAGUGUCAAGUUGAACCGACCGAAGCAGCUGAAUGCCCUCAACUCAAAGAUAUGGAGCGAGAUUGAACACGUUUUCGAAGCGCUGGACACAGAUGAGAACUGUCGUGUGAUAAUACUCAGCGGAGAAGGGAAGGCAUUCUCUUCAGGACUCGACAUCAAAGAUGGUGGAUUGACGGAUCUAGUUAAUUUGCAAGAUGGCGAGGACAUUGCUCGUAAAGCGAGACAGAUCAGACGAAAAAUCCUGAAGAUGCAACAAGCCUUCACUAACAUUGAAAAAGUUGGUCUAAUUUGGAUAAAGUAA